GAGCUGAGGGCCGGCCGGGAGUCUAGCCGAGGGCCGGGUUAGGCGAGUCCGGGGCGGUGCCGCGCCCGCGGGGCUCCGGGUCCGGCAGGGGAGGAGCCGCGUCGGGCCGGGGCGGGGCGGAGGCCGUCGGUCCGCGGUACCGCCCGUUCAGGUGUUGCCGCGGCUCCACGUCGCCAGGCUGCCCGCGGGCUGGAGCGGACAGUGCUCGGCCCGCGGCUUGGGUGAGCCCAGGCUGGCCCCAGCGUCCGGAGCGCUGGGCCUUCUGCUCCCGCAAGGGCAUGGCGGGGCCGGGCCCAGGCCCCGGGGACCCGGACGAGCAGUACGAUUUCCUGUUCAAGCUGGUGCUGGUGGGGGACGCGAGUGUGGGCAAGACGUGCGUGGUGCAGCGCUUCAAGACCGGCGCCUUCUCGGAGCGCCAGGGAAGCACCAUCGGCGUUGACUUCACCAUGAAGACGCUGGAGAUCCAGGGCAAGCGGGUCAAGCUGCAGAUCUGGGACACGGCCGGCCAGGAGCGCUUCCGCACCAUCACGCAGAGCUAUUACCGCAGUGCCAACGGCGCCAUCCUCGCCUAUGACAUCACCAAGAGGAGCUCCUUCCUGUCAGUGCCCCACUGGAUUGAGGACGUGAGGAAGUAUGCGGGCUCCAACAUCGUGCAGCUGCUGAUCGGGAACAAGUCAGAUCUCAGUGAGCUCCGGGAGGUCACCCUGGCUGAGGCACAGAGCCUGGCUGAGCACUAUGACAUCCUGUGUGCCAUUGAGACUUCUGCCAAGGACUCCAGCAACGUGGAGGAGGCCUUCCUGAGGGUGGCCACGGAGCUCAUCAUGAGGCACGGGGGUCCCAUGUUCAGCGAGAAGAGCACCGACCACAUCCAGCUGGACAGCAAGGACAUUGGGGAGAACUGGGGCUGUGGGUGCUGAUGGGCACAGGGCAGGCGGGCGGGGGCUCCCCUUCUCCUUGGGCUCUCUGGGCCUAGCCCAGUCCUCCAGAGCCAGCCCUCCUGAACACCGUGGUUCUAGAGCAGCUGAGUAAAGCCCUGGAGUGAUGCAUCCUCUGGCCUGGAUGCUUAGUGGGCAGCCUCCCCUCCACGGGGGGUGGGGGGGAAGCAGAGUACUACCUGCAGGGGGUCUGAUGGCCCAGGGUAGGGUAUGGGGCCCCCCCACCCCGGCUUCCCAUCAGCCAGCAGCUGGCCCAUCCACUUUCUUCACAUUCCAGGAAUGGCCUGUUCUGCCAGUGUAGGCUGCAGUUGGAGAGGCUGGGCAGGUGCCCAUCCUGCUCCACACCUACUGGUUCUGGCCAUUUCCUACCUUGAGUUGGUUGCAGCUGUGGCAGCAGGUUCCUGCCUUCCAGGAUGUGGCUGGUGCCCCAGGCCAUUCCCGGGACUCCUGCAGCCGCAAGCAAAAGCAGCCAGACCUGCAGAUGCGGUGCCCGAGCCCAGCCCCAGGGACGCCCAAGCUCCUUCCAGGCGAGGAACCCGCUUCCUUCCUUCACUGCCAGCUUCUCCACUCACAGACACUUCCUUGGGGCCUGGCUCGGUGCCUUAUCAAGACCUCUCAAGUUUUCUGGUUUUCUGUGUAGCUUUUCAUUUUCAUUGGCACAAAUGUGGGGUCAUGGCCUGCAGCUAGGUGGGGACUGUCUCCAGCUUGGGGCACGAUGUUUUGCUGCUCAGGUUAUAAAACUAAUCUUUCAGUGCUGGCUCUCAAGUCUGGUGGGCUGGGGGAGUGAGAUAGGUAAGUGGACGGUUAAAGUAGAAGAUUGCACCCCUGAGACUGGUAUCUGAGAGGGCCCUGCAGGGCUCCCAGCCUUAGCCCAUGUACAGAAAUCUUUGCUGCCAAGUUCAGGACCAUCAGAUCCCUCAUGGGUCCCAGUCUGGUUUACAAACCCCCCCAAACAAAAAAGGCAGAGCCCUGGCUGUCCUCAUUCUGGCGAUUUUCAUCCUCCUGGACCCAGCUGGGUGCUGAGUUUAGAAGGCAGAAAUUGGGCAGUGGCACUGUCCUUUGGGCCUGUGGCCCAGAGACAUCUCAGUGACUAAGGGGCAGGGCCCAGGGAGCCAGGUAACCUUCCCAGGCUAAUUCCAGUCCCUCCAGUCAACCUUCAGGCUCCCUCAGUGUGGCCCCCACCCUUCUAGAAACAAACUGUUCUCAGAUGCCCCAGGUGAGGCCACAUCAUCUCAGGGUCCAGGAGGUUGGGCCCGGCUUAGCCCAGUGCUAGGGGUGGACUGCUGUGCUCCACUCAGACUGCCCUACCUCCUGCUGGUAGUACUUUAGUCUGUGCCCACCCCCUUCCUGGCAGGCCUGGCUUGUGGGGUAGGGAGCAGGCCUUUAAAGCAACCCCGCAGCUGCUGGUGACACAGGGUCAGGGCACAGAUGGUGCUUCUCUGGCCGAAAGUGAGACAAGCAGAGCUUGAUGCUGAUGGCCAAGCGGCCUUGCCAGGCUCCCUCGUGGGCAGAUAGGCAAUUCACGGGAUGGCUGGGCCUGCUUCUGGAGGGGAAGAAAGUGGCCUGCUUGUGUCAGGAGGUGCUGAGCAGGACCUGCCUUGAAGGUGGUCCAGAUGGGCGGGAGCCCCACUGCAAGCCGGCUGAGGGUGGGGAGCUGGAGGCAGCAAGGCUGCCUGGCUUCCUGCACAGCAGCUUUUCAUACUGGCAGGGGCUGGGUGGAGCCAAAUGGGGCUUGGGCCCUACUACUGGCAGGGAGAGCUGAUGCCUGCCCCUGCCCCCCAUGGUAGUGCCUGGGCUCUGCCUGUAGGGUAGACACCGCCUGGCACUCAUUUGGCCCCUCAGGCCCAGGUGAGACUGGAUGUACCAUGGGCAGCACCUUUUUCCAGCUCCAUGAACUUUCUGCUGGGGUCACACGGAAGGCCCAGGCUGGAAGAAGUUUUACAAAGCCCGAACUUGCAGAGCCCUGCUCUUUUGGUGGGGCAGGCAAGGGGGCUUGGGAGCAGAGGCCUGGGCCUGGGCCUCUGUGUUUGAAUUGCAGCUCAAUUCCAGGGCCAGUCCAGCGACCUGAGCACAGCUACUGAUCCUACCUUCUGCCACGUGAAAAGGCUGGUGCUCCCCUUGCUUCUGGGAUGGGCCUCACAGGAGGAGCCUUGCCUACCCAAGGAGCUGGGGAGAGGAGAGAAAUCUGCCCCCCUCCUUCGCGGGGAUACCCUGGGCUGCCAUGAGCUUGCAGGGAGGGCACAAACACUGGUAGCUGAUUGGUGACGGGGGCUCGUUGGUCACCUGGGGCUGAGGCGCCUCCACUUUUCACCCCCUAGGCAGGAGGCCUGAAGCCCUGCGGAGGCUUGAUUAGAAGUAGGGCAGUAGUUGCUGCCUGGCCUGGGGCUCACCCAGCAACUGAGGAAGCUCUGCCCCACUUCCCUUGCGCAUGGAGAUAAGAGCUUCGGGGUGGAGUGAAGCCUGCUACCCCAUUCUCUGCCAGCAAGAGCAGCCUCACUGCAAAGGUUUAUUGGGCUCACCUGGGACUCCACUUUCUCUCCCUACCGCGCCCCCUGCCUCUGUCUUCUUUGACAGGCCCCAUCCGUACUCUGGGUACCUGUUGGCCUUGAUGGGUGUCCACUGCCCCAGGUCACCCUUCCUGUGGCCAGUCUGCAGGGUCAGUUCUGGUCCAGGAUCCUGGGUUGGGGUUGGAGGCCUUCCACUCUGCCUGGCUUCCCCAGCACCUGGAGCACCUCUGUCUUGUCUGGGCCAACCUGGUCUCCCUACUGGUGCCCUGUCCCUCCCCUACCAACCUGCCCUUUUACUCACGUCAUCUAGAAUCCACAGAUGAUCCGUCCCAAUGGCCCUGUGAGGAGGCCCCACCCAAGCCCAGGCCUUGGUCCUAGCUCCCCCUGGCAUGAAUGAUGCCCCCCUACCCCCUAUCCAUUGCCUUCAGGGCUCCUCAGAGUCCUGGGUCAAAGCCAUCUCCUACAGAGAAGCUCCCUGCACCCUAUCUCAGACACAAAGCCAGUGUCCGGGGGCUCAGGCCCUUGCAGGCGCCUGCCCUGCCUCUGUCAGACAGAGGCCAGAGUGGAUAAGGGGAGAUGGGGAGUGUGUGAGGCAAGACAGGUUGGGCCUCAGUUUCCUUUCCCAUGGCGGGCUGGGCCCUCUCCCAGCAGCCUGGGGCCUCUGGGGCCAGAAGAGAACAGUUUAAUCUCUUCCUUUGUUUAUAAAUUAAGAAGAGCAAGAGCAGGCUAGUCAGAAGCCAGAGUGCAGGAGGGGCCGGGGAGCCUUAAGGAGAACCCAGACAGACUGCUGCUCUCUACUGACUGCCGGAGAGUGGCAGGAAAGGGCCAGAAGGCUGACUCCCAGAGGUGCCAGAGAGGUGGCUCCUUCCCGGGAAGGGUUUGACCCCAAGGACAUGGCACCCCUGGAGCGGGGAGCUACGGGCUCCUAAUUCAUAUUGAAUUCAGUAACUUGUCCCCAGGAGGGCUGCGGGGCUGGGGCCUCCUGCAGGGACCUUCUCACAACUGCAGGGACUGGACGCGGGGGGGUAGGGUGGGCGCAGGGUAAUUGCAUUUGGUAAUUUUUCACAUUACCUAUUUAUGAAUAUAUAAAUCUUUGUAUCAGAUCUAUUUUUUAAAAUAUGGAAAAGUUGCCUUUAUGGAAACUUAGCAGAGCCAGAGUGUACACAUUCCUGACUAUUAAACAGAUUUCUGCAAUGAGCGGCUGUGCACAGGACU